ACUGCCUGCGGUAUCUUGUCGGUCUCUGUCGGGCGCACUCGUUUUCUCUACUAUUCUAAGCAAUCACCAUCCCUGGCCCUGGUACUGACCCUUUGCAUCAAGCGUCGUGACGACGGCUUACAAGUGCCAACUUUAACCCCCACGACUUUUGCGGCCCCUGCCGCCAGCCUCCGCGCGCCCGGUUUGCCAGUCGCAAACACUCUUGCCAUUCACAUUCGUGCUCGUUUGAACCAACCGCUCUGACUAGGCUGACGGCGAUUGCUCUGCAACACAACCAGGCCAGGCCACGACAGCCAUGGUGGCCGACGAGAAGAACGUCUUCGCAUUGAUCAGCGCCAUCGGUGCACUUCGCGAUCGGCUCCGGCACGACAUUGACGGCUUGCGCCAAAUUCACAACCGCCGCAAAGAUGGCAAUGGAUCACCCAUUAAUCUCAUUGCGCAGCUGACAGCCCUGAAAUCCUCCUAUGGAAGCAUACAGGACUGGCUUGACGGCAGUGGCAGUGACCUGCAUCCGCAGCUGCUUACUGACUUGGACAUGCUCACCCACUCGUCCGAUGAGCUUUCACGCUAUGUGAAUUCGCUCAUCAAGACCUUUCAGCAAUCAGACUUGCGUGCCGCUGAUUUUGCAGCCAAGCUAAAGUAUGCGCUUGCUAGCAGGACCAUGGGCCGACUGCAGACGGUUGCGCAGAGGCAAAAUGAUGCUGUGAACCUACUGCUUGCAGCAUGUCACUGCACAGCACAGGCGCAACGAAAAAUUCUGCUCUACAAGAGUCGCCAAAUCAGGCAAGAGGACGUUGCAAAUCUCAAGCUACUUUCACAGUCCUCAAGAUGGAGUGGUGGCUGUAUAGCAGGACUUGCGCAGCUGUCCUCCUUCGUUCAGUGGCUGAAGCUCUUGUUCAACAAAAAGUCUGCCCAAAAUCCACUCGACAGGAACGUUUCGCCUAGCGAUGCAAACUACGAGCAUGUCGAAGCAAUCAAUCGAUCAGAAGCAAUCGACCGUGCGCUGCAAAGAGAAGCCACUAAUCUCCGUCAUGAGACGAAGCUCAUCCUCGUAGGCAAGAUCAACAGUGGCAAGGACCUUUUGAUGCACCAAUUGAAGAUGCUAUAUGCAGAGGGCCAUCAACCUGCCAAUGAACGCAUCAAGCACCGGUGUCAGAUCAUCCAAGUGGUCUACUCUCUCAUGCAAUCCAUGGCCGAUUUGCUCAAAGACACUGGUGUGUCCCUACCGUCCGAGUUGAAUCAACAUUUUGCUACCCUACUCAACGAGUUGGAAGCUGGUAAUGAAGGCAUCACACCAGAUGCGGCCAAGGCCAUUGAUCGCCUCUGGUCGAGUCCCCAGUUUUCUAAACUGUACGACCACAACUUCGAGAUUGACUUCCCCCAAUAUGCACCCUACUUUGCGCAAGAAGUCGCUCGCAUAGCUGAUCAAGACUAUGUUCCUACAGAAGCGGAUAUCAUUCGCUUGAACCAAUCUAUGCGCGGCAUCAAGGAGCUGCGCUUCAACUGGGAUGAACUGGAUAUUCACCUUUUCAAUAUCAAGGAGGGUUUUCCUGAUCAAUUCCGGGAACGCUGGUUCCAUCAGCUUGAGGGAGCGGCUGCGCUCAUGUACACCAUUGAUGUAUCCCUGUACGACAAGCCGAGUCCCACCCAACCGAACGAGUCGCUCUUGAUGGACGAAUUCAGAAGCUUUGAAAGCUGGAUCAGUCAGCCCGGAUUUUCAACCUCUUCCAUCAUCAUCAUAUUCAAUAACUAUACUCGUUUUACCAGAAAGAUGCCACACUCGCCUCUAGAGAAGUUUUUCCCAGAUUACUCAUCCAGCAAAAGCGAGCCCGAAGUAUCUGCGAGGCAGUACAUCAUGCGCCAUCUCAAAACCGUCAACCACCGGGGUCUAUUCUUCUAUUCCUUUUGGGUCGAUCUUGAUACUAGCGACAACAAGCAGUUGUACUCUGCACUCAAGACAACACUAGCACAGAUACAGCAACGCAGGACUCAGGAAGAAGCUCAAAGUUCGACCCGUCCAACCCAAGACUCAGAAGGCCACUCGAAAACCAGCUUGUCUAAUAUUGUUCGGACCUAUAGUCUGAAGAAGAAAGAGGUGACUGAGAUAAGUUGAGCAGAUCGGCUUGCCGUGGUGUUGGCCAACCAAUAGUGUUUUGUUUGCAGUUUUUGGGCUAUGGCGUCUCUGGAUACGAAGAUACCAUGGCAGCGGGUCGGCGUUCUUGCGUAGAUGGGCGACCAUGUGGCGACCGUUCCGCCCACAACCGAAAGGAUUGGGGCGAGCGAUGCCUGCAUUAGGUGUUUGACACAUCCAGUGCAUAUACCCCAGAAUGAUUUGUCAAUAUUUAGUUGUAAUCUCUAUUGCUCAGCCACACAACGCUCGAAGGCAACAUUUUCAGCGGUUCCCCGUGACUCUAUAUAUUGGCUCACACACGUACGACUGGAUGAGAGUGCCCGCUC